GAAGACCCCCGUGUUGGCGGGGCUGACCGGCUGUCGUGUUUCCUUCGCAGCAGACGGUCUGGCAGAAGAAGGGCCGCUACACGCGCAGGUUCAUCUCGAGGAUAUGUCCUGGAACGAAGAGGAGCAGCGUUACAGUCUCUCGUGCCGAUGCGGUGGGAAUUACGCUGUCUUCAGGAGCGAAACCGUAGACGUAUCUUUGGUUUGUUGUGACACGUGUUCGCUGGUUAUCGAGAUCCUUCGCUGA